AUGGAUUCUCAAGCCGAACCCAAGCUUGAAAUUUUCUUUUUUCCUUACAUACUUGGUGGUCACUUGAUCCCCAUGAUAGACCUAGCCAGACUCUUUGCUUCUCAUGGCGUGAAGGCCACCAUUGUCACAACCCCUCACAAUGUCCUCCUCUUCCAAAACCCCAUCCUCAGAGACCAACAACUAGGCUAUGAUAUAGGCUUCCUCACCUUAAAUUUCCCGGCUGAAGAGUUUGGUCUCCCGAACGGUUGCGAAAACGAACUCACAACCACUAAUGGUGACAUGUUCACCAAACUCUUCAUGGCUGCCAUGAAGCUCCAAGACCCUCUCCGGAAGCUCCUUAGCCAGACCCGACCGGACUGUCUUAUCUCGGACAGGCUUUAUCCUUGGAUUGCAGAUGUCACUAACGGGCUUGGAAUCCCUAGGGUUGUGUUUGAUGGGAGUGGCUGCUUCUCUCACUGUGUGGAGGAAAGUCUCAGACGGUAUGCUCCACAUGAGAAAGUUGUGUUUGAAACUGAGUCUUUUCUCGUGCCCGGCCUACCCAACCAAAUCGAGCUCAAAAGGUCAAUGCUGCCGGAUUAUGUCAAAGCCGAAAAUGUGUUCACUCAUUUUCUCAAUGAGGCUCUAGAGUGUGAGAUUAAAAGCUAUGGGAUUGUGGUGAACAGCUUCUACGAGCUAGAACAAGCUUAUGCUGAUUACUUUCAGAAGGAUAUGAAGAGGAAGAUAUGGCACAUAGGGCCGGUCUCAUUGUACAACCGGACCAACAUCGACAAGGUCGAAAGAGGCAUCAAAACCUCCAUUGAUGAGCAUAGUUGUUUGAGUUGGCUUGAUUCUAGAGACCCCAACUCAGUUCUUUACAUAAGCUUUGGAAGCAUGCCAAGAAUCACUUCAGCUCAGCUUUUGGAAAUUGCUCAUGGGCUUGAAGCUUCCAACCACCCUUUCAUUUGGGUGAUUGGGAGGAUUUUAGACUACUCAUCAAAAGAGAAGCAACAAGUGGAAAGUGUUGUGCUUCCUGUGGGAUUCGAAGAAAGGAUUACGAAAUCGAAAAGAGGGCUUAUGAUAAGAGGCUGGGCUCCUCAGCUUUUGAUUUUAGAACACCCAGCUGUUGGUGCUUAUAUGAACCAUUGUGGGUGGAACUCCAUCAUUGAAGGUGUCACAGCUGGUCUGCCAAUGAUCACAUGGCCUUUCUCCUCGGAGCAGUUCUACAAUGAGAGGUUCAUUCUCAAUGUCAUAAGGGUUGGGAUUUCAAUGGGGAAUGAGGACUGGGUUCCACUGAAGGAGGUGCCUAGGGUGACCAUAAAGAGGGACAAGGUUGCCCAUGUUGUGAACAGACUAAUGGGAUGUGAAGAAGAUGAAGUGGUUGACAUGAGAAAGAGAGCAGAAGAGUUUAGAGACAAAGCCAUGAAAGCUUUUGAAAAAGGUGGCUCUUCUCAUUCCAAUGUUCAUGCUUUCAUUGCCGAGCUCAAGUCUUGCCGGAAAAUUAGUCAAAAUGGUCAUUAA